ACUAUGUUGGAUUACUCUCUGGAAUUGGACUUCUUUCUCGGAUUGUGGAUUAAAUUCUCAUGGACAGUUUCUUGUGACUUUCCUCUCUGAACUUCUCUGUGGACAUUUGGAUUACUAUUGUUUCCUGGGUAUUUUCUCAGAUCUCCCUGAUCAUCAACUCCAGAGGACCAAGAGUGGUUGGGGUGCUUUUGACGUGCCUCCCCUCCACCAUAAGUGUGGGUGUGUGUCCGUGUGUGCUUAUGCCUGUGAGUCCUGCGUGGGGGUCAGCUGGAGUCCUCUCCUCUCUGUGAAAGGCCCCGACCAGGACAGGUGGUGUGGGGGGGUGGGCUUUGGUUGCCGGGGCGUGCAAGGCAAAGCCGCCACCAUGAACGUCACAUCGCUGUUCUCUUUCACGAGCCCGGCCGUGAAGCGGCUUCUGGGCUGGAAGCAGGGUGACGAGGAGGAGAAGUGGGCGGAGAAGGCGGUGGACGCGCUGGUCAAGAAGCUGAAGAAAAAGAAGGGUGCCAUGGAGGAGCUGGAGAGAGCCCUCAGCUGCCCAGGCCAACCCAGCAGCUGCGUCACCAUUCCACGCUCGCUGGACGGACGCCUCCAGGUGUCCCACCGUAAGGGUCUGCCACAUGUCAUCUACUGCCGCGUGUGGCGCUGGCCCGACCUGCAGUCUCACCAUGAGCUAAAGGCCCUGGAGUGCUGCGAGUACCCUUUCGGCUCCAAGCAGAAGGACGUCUGUAUCAAUCCCUAUCACUACAAGAGAGUGGACAGUCCAGUGCUGCCUCCUGUGUUGGUACCACGCACCAGUGAGUUCAACGCGAAGCUGAGUAUGCUGCCUCGCUUCCGGAACCCUCUGCACCAGGCUGAGCCUCACAUGCCUCAGAACGCUACCUUCCCUGACUCCUUCCCGCAGCAGCCACCUCAGCCACCAGCCGGCAGCCUGCCCUUCGCUCCACACUCGCCCACUAACAGCUACCCAAACUCCCCAGGCAGCAACGCAGGCAGCAGUGCCACUUUCCCACAGUCACCCUCCAGCUCUGACCCCGGCAGCCCCUUCCAGAUGCCAGAAACCCCUCCACCUGCCUACAUGCCCCCAGAUGAACCAAUGACCCAAGACUGUCCUCAACCAAUGGACACCAAUCUGCUGGCUCCCACUCUGGCUCUUGAGAACAGCAACCGCCCAGAUGUGCAGCCAGUGGCUUAUGAGGAGCCGAAGCAUUGGUGCAGUAUUGUUUACUAUGAGCUAAAUAACCGUGUUGGCGAGGCCUUCCAGGCAUCUUCUACUAGCGUACUGGUGGAUGGCUUCACUGACCCCUCCAACAAUCGCAGCCGCUUCUGCCUGGGCUUGCUCUCAAAUGUAAAUCGCAACUCCACCAUCGAGAACACUCGACGCCAUAUUGGCAAAGGCGUGCAUCUGUAUUAUGUGGGUGGAGAGGUAUACGCUGAGUGUUUGAGUGACAGCAGCAUCUUUGUGCAGAGCCGUAACUGUAACUACCACCAUGGCUUCCAUCCUACUACGGUCUGCAAGAUCCCUAGUGGCUGCAGCCUCAAGAUCUUCAACAACCAGGAGUUUGCGGAGCUACUGGCCCAAUCUGUCAACCACGGCUUUGAGGCUGUUUACGAGCUUACCAAAAUGUGCACCAUCCGCAUGAGUUUUGUAAAGGGCUGGGGUGCAGAGUACCACCGGCAGGAUGUCACUAGCACCCCCUGCUGGAUUGAGAUCCACCUGCAUGGCCCACUGCAGUGGCUGGAUAAGGUCCUGACCCAGAUGGGCUCUCCUCACAACCCAAUUUCUUCGGUGUCCUAAUCGUAACUGAGCCUGGAUGUAAGGGUGGGCUGGGGUGGGGUAAACAGAGCACCCAUC